AUGGAAGGACACAGACUCUCAUCCUACGGAAGACGCUUCGGCUCACAAACCACCUCUGUCCACCAUGCCCUGAGGUUCUCGCCGGGCCGCAGAUACUUUUCUCCAUCUCCCACCACCCAAUUCUCUGUCACUAAGCUGAAGACAUCCAGGCUCAGUUUCCAUUCUGGCCCCAAGUUCUCCUCUGACAAGGUGGAUUUUUCUUUGGCGGAUGCCCUCAACAGUGAAUUCAAAGAGACCCGCACUAAUGAAAAGGUGGAAAUGAUGGAGCUGAACGAUCGUUUUGCCAGCUACAUUGAAAAAGUUCGCUUCCUGGAGCAACAGAACAAAGUUCUUGUGGCUGAACUCAAUCAAAUCCGAGACAAGGAGCCCAAUAAGUUGGCCGACAUUUACCAGGAAGAGAUGAGGGAGCUACGUCACCAAGUAGACCAGCUCUCCAACUCUAAAGCCCGGUUGGAGAUCGAGAAAGACAACUUGCUGGAGGAUCUCAACAAUCUCCGGCAAAAAUUACAGGAUGAGAUUAAUCUGCGCCUUGAAGCUGAAAGCAAUUUGUCUUCCUACAGACAGGAUGUUGAUGAUGCUGCUUUAGUCCGGAUUGAUCUGGAACGCAAAAUUGAAUCAUUGCAGGAGGAGAUUAUUUUCCUAAAGAAAAUCCAUGAUGAGGAACUGCGGGAGCUGCGGGAAUAUUUGCAGCAGCAGCAGGUUCACGUCGAGAUGGACAUGACCAAGCCUGAUCUGACAUCUGCCCUGCGUGAGAUCCGCAUCCAGUAUGAGUCCAUGGCCGCAAACAAUAUGCAUGAGACUGAGGAAUGGUACAAGUCAAAGUUUGCAGAUCUGAGUGAUGCCGCGGCACGGAACAUUGAGGCACUGCGUCUAGCCAAGCAGGAAGCCAACGAGUACCGCCGGCAACUGCAGGCCCUCACUUGUGAUCUGGAAUCCCUUAAAGGAUCGAAUGAAUCUUUGGAGAGACAACUGAGAGAGAUGGAAGACCGCUAUGCUCUUGAGACUACCAACUAUCAUGACACAGUGAUUCGGCUGGAGGAAGAUAGUCGGAGCUUAAAAGAGGAAAUGGCUCGUCACCUCCAGGAAUACCAAGAUCUCCUCAAUGUCAAACUGGCAUUAGAUAUUGAGAUUGCUACUUACCGCAAACUCCUGGAGGGAGAGGAGGGCAGGAUUACUAUCCCAGUACAGACUUUCUCCAACCUUCAGAUCCGAGAAACCAGCCUUGACACAAAGUCAGUUUCUGAGGCUCGCCUGAAGAGGAGCAUUGUGGUCAGAACACUGGAAACUAGAGAUGGAGAGGUGAUCAAGGAGUCCACCCAGGAACAGAAGGAAUUGGCAUGA